AUGCCUUUAGACUUGCAAGGAUUCACACUACUUCUGUGUUGGCUUGAAGUCUGCCAUUUGGGUGGGCAAUACUCAGCUCAAUUCUGGCUCAUUUAUAGCAAUCCAGCUUCAGAUGUGCCCACAAUCUCACACGAUGUUGAUAUUCCUAGCGUCAUUUCUGCAGAACAGAAGGAUCGCCUCCUCAAAUUACCUCCCCAUUACACAUAUUUCAUUCCUCUCUCGAGCCUCCCUGUCUCUGUUCUUGUCGACUCCACACCAACUCUUCCUGAUUUUGAUCCUGCACUCACUGAACUCGAUACCUGCAAGUUUUUCUCCUCCGUCGAAUGCAAUACCUCCAAUUUUGCUAGCAGCUUCUUCCAACACUCCAUCCCACCUCUCCAUUUGUCAUCUCGACUUCUGGACACAUUCGAACAGGCUGUACAUGACGGAGCAAAGUCCAUGUGCGACCCACAUUUUCCAGGCAAUUUGCCAUGCUGGGUCCUUACCUAUUGGUAUGAUGUAGGCCAUGCAGUUGCCUCAAAGCAAACAUGGUCUCUCGCACAUAAUUGGUUGGCACGCUGUGGCCUUGGUAGUCCUGAUAUCGAGCUUGCUGCUGCAAUUGAUAAAAUAUCUUGCGCAUUGCAGACUCUUGGAUGGGACACAGCAUUGCAAGGUCCUGGAGCAUUCCUUCAGACAUUGGAUCUUGCUGAAUUCCUUGACUCGACACCAAUGAAAGGCCACUUUGUUGAUGCCAUGGUCAAUGAGAUCUCACAUCGCAUUCAGUCUGACACUCAUCUCCACAAGACAACAGUUGUUGAAGAGUUGACGUUUGGGAAGACAUUGCGCUAUGAUGCAAAGCGAUGGUCUCAAUACAUGUUUGACAGGGGCUUCACGAGGAUCUGUGAACUCGGUGAUUUGUUAUGUGAUGGAAAGCUCACGUCUGUUAUUUUUCCCAUCAAUAUCAAUGACGUACACUGGACAGUUUUUUUGGUGGAUGCGAAAAACAGAGAAAUAUGUUACGGUGAUUCUUUGGGUUGGACAUGGCCGAGAGAGGAUGUUGAUUUAAUUCAAAAGUGGCUGCACGAGCAUGGCUUUACAUCAUUUUCGAAAGGCGCGGAACUUCCUCAUGGCCACCAAGAAGAUGCAUACUCGUGUGCAAUUGCCAUGAUAAAUAUCAUACGUCACCAGCUCUUUGACACCCCUCUGUUUACAGAUGAUAAAAAGGACCUGCUUCACAUGCAGGAGCUCAUAUUCCUCCUCCAUGGUCACUUUUCCGAGGACAAUGAGGACAAUGAUGUAUAUAUGUCAGACUACUCUCCUUCAUCACCCUGUUUGUCUCACACAACUUCCUACUCACGCUCUCCAUCCCCGACACCUUCUUUGCCCCCUCUGCAGUCUCAGGCCACAGCUCUCAAGUCUCUCAAGUCGCGUCCGAAAAUCACACUUAAUUAUCGUGUCUCACCUUCUGAGCCCAAGACGGGACUCCUCAAGCACUUCAGCAUCGUCUCGCAUGAGGAUUAUCUUGCUGAUAUCCAUCAGUGUGACCUCAAGCACAAAGACAAGCAACACAACAUCAAAUUUUCAAGAGCACUUAAGGAUGCUGAGCGUAAACACCAGAAGUGUAUAAAUGACAGGGACCGCCAGCGUGCACACCGAGCUCGUGCAAAAGAGUUGAAACGGUCAGCCUCUGAAAACGACACCCAAGUUCACUCCAAGUCAGAUCCUGAUACAUCUGCUCUCCAAUCAAGCCAGUCUCUUGCGGAGCUCUCACGCCCCCAUUGUUCGGUCAAGGAGGAGCUUCACUGUUAA